GCUCACUCCGCGUUCGAACGUCUGGACUGGAGGACGCCUGGACCUGGAUGACACCCCCGCUGAUGGACAACUUCUGAGGGAGCCUCCUCAGAACCCAACAACCUCGAUCGCGUCCACCCCAAAACACAACUUUUUGUUGUAGUUGUUGUUGUUGUUUUUUUUAAGCCACCAUGGCCAUCAACACCGACGCUUCCUUCGACAGCGGCGCUCUGGUCCAGAGGGACGCGUCCAACCCGAGCGACUUCCAGGACACGGAGAAGCUGCUGAGCGCCGGUGCGGCCGAGCCGGGCGGCCAAAGCAACGUCAAGACGUCCGACUCGCUCGACCUGCGCGGCAGCGUCCGCUCCCUGGACGCGGAGCAGAACGGCCACCGGUCCCCGCUCAAGUCCGGCUCGGUGGGCCAUCUGGCGGCCGCGCCCAGGUCCCUGUCCCGCCUCAGCCUGGCCUCGCCCCUGCCGCCCGGCUCGGUGCCGCCCAGCUACCUGUGGCUGGCCGUGCUGUCGUGCCUCUGCCCCGGCGUGCCGCUCAACGUGUACGCGCUGUGGUACGCCAGCGUGUCGAGAUCGAUGCUUAAGGACGGCGACCUGCAGGCGGCCCGGAAGUACGGACGCGUGUCGCUGCUGCUCAGCUGCUUGGCCAUGCUGCUGGGCGUGGCCGUCAUCGCCUUCAUCGUCUUCACCAUAGAGCUCCAGCAGUGACGUCACAGCAGCCUGUGGACUACAUUGCACAAGCCGAGGAGGAAGACACGGAAAAGCACAAAGUGGGGAAAAAAAACACGUCGGUGAGGUUCUGUCUGGACCCGAAACAGAGGGGUUAGGGGCUGCACUCACUCAUGUCAAUGAUGCACACACACACACACACACACACACACACACAC